CUGGCAAUGUGCGGGGACGUACCGAACUGAGUGCGGCGCCGAGUUUCUGCGGAUCCCCGCCGUCAUCUGCAACCUCCCGCGCCUAGUGCGCUUCCAAAAGAAACGGACAGGCCUCAGGAGGCCAAAUCCCGCUUGCACGAGGACACGGAUUCGGAACAGCUGGAAGAACCCCCCCGGAUAUGGUCGAACUGGAUGGCCAACUUCUCGCGGCACAAAUUCACCUUCUGGAGUGGCCGACUGCCCGCGCUGGCCGGUCUCGUGCAGCACUAUCAAGCCGCCACUGGCGAUACACCCAUCUUAGGCAUGUGGCAGCGGUCUCUGAUACUCGACGUCUUCUGGAGGAGAUCACCGAGCCGCGCCCUGGACAUCACCAUGCAGCACUUCACUCUCGAGAUUAGAAACCCCGGUCAUCCCGAUGCGGCGACACCCGAGCUCCAAAUCGUGGCUUGGUACGUGUUUGACGCCCCGGAGAAGGGUGCGGCGGCGCUGCGGGCGGCGGGUGUUGCCUUUCUGCUCCUGGAACAAGUGACCUACGACUAG